CCGUUAUUUGCACAGAACGUUGUCAAAGUGCCAAUAGUCGUUUUAAAGUUAUCUGAUUGGCUGGACUCCUGUCAAACAAGUGACGGGUGGUCUGAGUAAUUUUGUAUAUUUGUUUAGAGUUAAGAAAAGUACAUAGAAAGGCACUAUGACUUACCAGCUCUAUAGGAAUACUACUUUAGGGAGCACCCUACAAGAAAGCUUAGAUGAACUUAUACAGUAUGGUCAAAUUACACCUCAAUUGGCAAUGAAGGUACUUCUACAGUUUGAUAAAGCAGUAAACAGUGCUCUUGCAGCACGUGUCAGGUCUCGUCUGUCUUUCAAGGCAGGAAAGUUACAUACCUACCGGUUUUGUGACAAUGUAUGGACGUUCAUGCUGAAUGAUGUAGAGUUUCGGGAAGUUCAAGAAAUAGCAAAAGUUUCUAAAGUAAAAGUAGUAGCAUGUGAUGGUAAAGCUGUUGUGGAGGAAGCUUCAAGACGCUAAAGUUUGCUGACUGCAGCUGUGCAGUUCAAACACAGAAAGAAGUGAAAAUUUCUGACUGAACUGUCAUUUAGUUUCUAUCAGACAUGGAGCUUGAUUUGUUGUCCGCUUUCAUAAAGACUGAACUCUUCCAUAAACUGUUUUUGAUAAGGAGGCGUGAGUGAGCUGUAUUUCAUUAAAGAUUCUUUUCAGUUUUCAAUUA